UUGAUUUGUGUGUAUUGGGUACAUGUUGUGAAAUUGUUAGAUAUUACUUGUUAGAUAUUACUGCACUGUCGGAGCUAGAAACACAAGCAUUUUGUUACACCCGCAAUAACAUUUGCUAAACACGUGUACGUGACCAAUAGAAUUUGAUUUGAUACGCUGCUGCUACAAUUGUUUUUUAUCCUGCUGCUCAGCCAUUUUACCGCUGAUUGUAUGCAUUUAACUAACGCAUAUAUCACUGAUAUUGUUCUUGUACAUACUGUAUAUUUUAUUGAUAUUGACACUAUUUCUGAUAUUGCUACUAUGCAAGUAACCAUGUGGCUGUACUGUUUACACCUUCUGUAGAGACCCAUCCACUUGGCAAGAUGUGUCUGGGGGUUAUAGCAUUUAUUUCACAUGACCCAUCAAUUUAGACAAGUGUGUCUGGGUAAGCGUCAUCUAAUAUUUAUAAAAUAUGUUUAUCUGGACUUUUUAAUCCACUCACUGUUUAGCACAUGACCUCACGUGAAUCUUUAAAAAAAUGGGUGGGGUUGGCUUAAACCUGUCUAGGAUGAGCGUGCCGCUAGCGGGACGUUUGACAAGAAAAAAAAAAAAAAUGGCGGAAUGUCAUAAUUAUAAAUAUUUAGCUUCAAUUAAAUCAGAAGUGUUAUACACAAUAUCAAAUCUAUACCUCUUGUUAAUCUUGCCAAUAUGUCCGAUUUCGAAAAGCUUCACUACAAAAGCGAUUAUCGAUCAGUAAACAACACAUUAGGUACAGUUACAACAAAGUACAUUAGUCACAAAAGUCAGAAAUAGCAAUGCAAAGCAUCAAUUACCUUAGGAAAUUUUCUUAUUUUGGCAAUCCUAAAGGUCACGACGAAACAAUCAAGUGGCUUUUUGAUCGAUAUAAUCCAUUUUUAUAGCCUAAAACGAAACAUUUUGUGAACGGCUUGUGUGGAAAAUUCAGCGUCCAUCAACUUUGGACGUAACAUUCAUUGUAAUUACUCACUCUAAAGGGACGUUUAUCAAGUCAAGUUCGGUUUCAUUAGAAUCCUCUGUUUGUUAGUAAUACAACCAAACUUCGUGGUUCUUUUUCCGGGACAUAUUGACCGAAGAAAUUCGAUCUGAACACACCUACCAGCUACGUCAUUACGCGCCAAUCGAUUGGCCUGUUCUUCGUUGAUUGACUGUAUCUCGGUCCAAUGACCACUGAUCUUUUUGAAAUCUAGCUGGAUAGAUAGCCAAUGAGCAGAGGUAAAUAGGGAUAUCAAAUGGUUCUACCCGGAAAUAAUAGGCAUCUUUGUAAAGCCAUGCGUGUACGCAGCUAUUCCCCAUUGAAAAUCAGAAAGUAAGGAGCUUGCCGUUUUACGCGCCGCGAAAGUUUGUUUUGGAGCAUUUUCAAGGAUCAAUUAUGGCAAAUAAAUCAGCCAAAUCAAAGACCAAGACGAAGUACACAGAUGUGCAAGAUAUAAUUAGUGAAAUUGACCGUGAAAAUGAACAUCUAAUUGAUUCCAGCGAGGUUGAAUCCGUUGAUUCCGAAUUCGAAGACAUGUUUCUACACGGUGAAGACCCAGUUUUGGAUCGUCGCAGCGAUUCUGAUUGGGAGCCAAGCUGCAAAUCCCCCACUGAAGCUGGUCCAUCCAGCUGGACCCCUGCUGUAUCCGGCACCACACCUACUCCCGCCCGGCCAUCAAGGGGUGGUAAGCCGGCGGCAAGGAAGCGGAGGAAGGGCAGCGUGGAACCGUCCAGCGUGGAACCUGCCAGAGCGGAGGAGGACCGUUGGCACACUGUUCUUGAGGAGGAUGUGGCCCCACCAACUCCACUUUUCCGCCCAAAACGCCCAGUAGGCCCUCAAUUGGACCUGACUUCCAAAUACACCCCCAUGCAACUUUUCCAGUUGUUCUUCACCUCGGCAGUUCUUGAUACCCUGGUGAUGAACACUAAUAAAUAUGGGGCUAAGAAGCAGGAGAAAUGGAAGGACAUUUCCAUUUCAGAACUGUUUUGCUACCUGUCCAUGGUCAUUUACAUGGGGGUGGUGAAGCUGAAGAACCUCAAACACUACUGGAAAACUGCACCACUCUAUCAACUGCCUUUCCCCUCAACGGUCAUGUCUUGUACUAGGUUUCUGACAAUUUCACGGGCACUUCACAUUAGUGACCCAGAGGUUGAUAAGGACAACGAGGCGAAACGAGGCACAGCAGGGUUUGAUAAGCUCUGCAAGAUCAAACCUCUCUACCACGAUAUCGUUGAGGCAUGCAAGACAUAUUUUCAGCCCGCCCAGAACCUUUCCAUAGAUGAGAGAGUGGUAGCCUCAAAGGCCAGAAUUGGCCUAAAACAGUACAUGCGCAACAAACCCACAAAAUGGGGUUACAAGCUGUUUGUUUUGGCCGAUUCUGCGUGUGCAUACACGUGCAAUUUUUUUGUCUAUGAGGGGAAGAACACUUGUGCGAGCGGUAAGGGACUCAGUUAUGAUUCUGUGAUGCAGUUAUUAGAUUUCCAGCUGCUGGGGAAGGGCUACAAACUAUUUGUAGACAACUUCUACACAAGCCCUACCCUGUUCACAGACCUGAGGAAGCUGGAGAUGUGGGCCUGUGGCACCAUUCGGACCAACCGAGUGGGUUUUCCAAAAACCAGGGUAAAUGACAUGCCUAAGCGGGCUGAGCGGGGUACCAUGAGAUGGAUCCGUGAAGAUGGCCUGCUGUUUGUGAAGUGGAUGGACACUCGCGAAGUGGUGAUGUGUUCCACUAUUCACAAGUCGUUCGGUGGGGAUCACGUUGUUCGCCGUUUGAAAGGUCCUACAGGUGCUUGGACUGCCAGAAAUGUCCCCAUUCCAGAUGCUGUGAGGGAUUACAACAAGAGCAUGGGGGGUGUAGACCUAUCCGAUGCACUGAUAGGAUAUUAUAACGUCCUUCAUAAAACCAUGAAGUGGUACAAAACACUAUUCUAUCAUUUCAUUGACAUUGCUGUGGUGAAUUCCUUCAUCCUCCAGAAGGAAAUGGCCAAGAGCUGUGGACAGCCCCCCAUCUCACAACUAGCCUUCAGGGAGCAGCUCAUCCAGGAGCUUGCUAACUACAGCAAGAACACUGUAGCACCUUCUGUCCCCUCUACCUCUGUCCCUUCUGCUCCAACCAGCGGCACGCACAUGCUGAAUUUCAUCAUUGCAGGCAGGGAUGUGCCUCAGGGGAAAAGGGGCACAGUAGGGCGGCUUCGUUGUGCCCUGUGCCACAAGAAGUCCCCUGUCACCUGCAACACCUGUGCUGUGACCCUCUGUUUCACACCAGAGAGAAACUGCUAUGGGAUAUGGCAUCAGGAGCGCAACAUUGUGUAGAGGACAGAGUCUUCACAUGAUUGAACAUUUGAAGUGUAAAUAGUUCCCCUUGUUUUUUUUUUGUUUUUUUUAAAUAUUCAUUUUUUUCCUUGAAUUUUUCAAAUAUAUAUUUUUGGGGGUAUGUUACAAUAAUUGUUUUGUAUUUUGUAUAUAGGUUUUGUAUCAUUGUAUCAUUGUACCAAUUCGGCCACUUGGGUACAUUUGGGAAACUUGUGAGGGACACCUGGUUGACCUCAUGCUCAAUGGCAUGUACCUCACUCAUUCCUGAAUGUAUCCAUCUGAAAUGUUGGUAAAAUACUGUUGCCUACAUAUGUUCUCAUUUGAAAUGAUCCCCAGUAUCAUAACUGAAUGUUUGGCCUUUCUUGUUGAUUUUUAAAGAUGCAACAUCAGUAAAAGAACAAAAAACGUC